AUGGAUGGGUACGAGUGCCAGGAGCAAGUCGGGAACUACAUGAUCGCCUUUGCGACGGCGGAGAGCGCGAUCGAGUGGUGCCUGCUGGUGCAGGAGGUCAUGGUGGAGAUCCCGUGGACGGAUAGGGUUCUGCGGCUGCCGUAUGCGGGGGAGGUGCUCGAUGACGAGGGCCAGCCAGUUUUCUGCGGCCCCAGGAUCAAGAUGGGGAUCUACGAGGGGCAGCCCGUGCGGGUCGUGCCGCACAGCAGCACCGGCCGGGCGGACUACUUCGGUCAGCUGGUGAACCGAGCGGCCAGGUAUUGCUUUGCUGCGGCCCAGGGGGGGCAGGUCAUCGUGGCGAGGGAGCUGGUGGACGGGCUGGUGGCCAAGUGGCUACAGACGGACGUGGCAAACGCGCCCAAGCCUCUGUGCGGCGUGGCGACGAUCCUGGGCGCCGUGUACAAUCCCAAGCAGUGGAACAAGGUUGUGUCCUACGCGAAGGAGGGGAGGAAGCGAGCGUCUCGCCACUCCAUGAACAACGGCCUGGCCCCGAUGUUGGACACAUCCCACAUCCUGGAUGCCCUGCCCGUGGGCGAAGGCCUCGAGGGCGACUUGGGGAUGGACGGCCCGGGUGACGACGAGGAGAGCCCGACGGCAGAGUCCCGCCUUCAGCCCGAGUCUCCUCGCCAGGUUAAGUUCACAAAGUCGACAAAGGGCUGGCUGAAGGGCAUGAAGGACAGCUUGACUCUCCGGGGGGAUUCCAACAGGCCCGACAGGUUUGGGCAGAUGGUGGAGGAGCUCAACACGCCCCGGCCUGGCAGGGAGGCCAAACCGAAGGCACUGAAGCGGAAGCAGAGCAGCGACCGAGCCACGAGCGUCCAGAAGUCCAAGGGGUCGACAUCCGUGGAGAGGCACACGUUCAUGAGCAGCUUCAGCUUCAAGUCCAGGAUGUCUCUCGGGCACUGGGUCUGGUGCGGGGGCAUACAGGUGGUGGACCGGGGCAUGUAUCGCUUCAAGGGAGUGACCGGCGUGCACUCCAUCGUCUCCGUGGAAUCGGACAAGCUGCUUUGCAGGGGAUUCGAGAGCGGGGUCAAGAAGGGGAAGGGGGAGUGCAUGCAGGCCGGGCAGGGCAUGAUUUACUGCAUUAGGUUUCAGGGCAGCGAAUGCAGGCUGGCCUUGCCCCCCAGAUUGAGCAAACUCGCAGCCCUGCAGGAGGCCGUGCAGGCCGCGCAGGCUGCACAGAGGGAAGCUGAGGGAGAGGGUUCGCAGGAAGGCGACUCUGUGGAAGGAGAGCCGCGGACAAACAGUUUGGACAAGUCCCUGAGCCCAGUGCAGUCCGUGAGCGAGGAGGCGGAUGGGGCGGGGGAGGGGCGACGACUUCUGCGCCCUGGGGGACUUACGGGGAGGAGAUCAGGGAGCAUGCUGACGACGAACUCUGAGAGUCCAGCGUCGUUGUUCGAUGAGGUCGAGGAGUCGUCGUCUGGGGGCCUGGAGGCGACGACGUCUGGAAGCUUGAGGACGACGGAGUCCGGGAAUUUGAGGGCGUCCAAAUCUGGGAGGUCGAAGUCGAGGAAGUCUGGGAGUUUUAGGGCCACCGAGUCCGAAAGCUUAGAAGCAGCGAAAUCUCGGAAAACGAAAUCGAGGAAAUCUGGGAGCCUGAGGUCUACUCAGUCAGAAGGUUUAGAGGCGACGAAAUCUGGAAAAUUGAAGCCGAGGAAAUCUGGGAGCCUGAGGGCUACUCAGUCUGGGAGCCUGGAGACGACGAUAUCCGAGGGCUUGGAGGCAGCUUCGUCGCGCUCAAGCACCGAGGAGGACGAGGCACAGAAGACGGGUUCCGAGGCGACAGAGCUAACAUCCUCCAGCGGCGAGGGCGAUGAAACGACGACAUCCGGGGAAGAAAGAUCGGAAGAGACCACCUCUGGUGAAGGAGGUUCCGAAGAAUCGACUUCCAGCAAUGGAACCUACGAGGGAACGACGUCCAGCGAAGACGGCUCCCCGGAGACGACUUCAGGCAGCCUGGAGGGGGAGGAGACUGGCGACGACUCUGAGAAUCGACACCCCGGGGAAGCGUCGAAGAGGCCAAAAAGAAGACGGAGGAGGAAGAGGAGGAGACGGCUGGUGCAGGAACCGGAAGCCAGGGGCCUGAGGGAGAAGUAUGGUGGCGAGCACAGCCGACCCCCCCUCAGGCUGCCGCCCCUCAAUACUAAUUUGGUCUUCCACAGGAGGGGGUCCAGUGUGUUGGAACACUGGAGUUUGUCGGUCCUGAGCGACUCAGACAGCGACGUGCCAGGAGGCACAGCGCGCAGGUAG